AUGCAUUGUAAAAGUGGCAUGUUUGAGCAAUUCAAUAUAUUUGUUGAAAUGUUAAUAUAUUACUGUUCUUGUUUGGUGCAUGUGAUAAAUGAAAUGGAUUCCGAAACCGUUGGUAAUGAAAUUGUAGAUGAAGUGAAUGUGGUUGAUUUAGAGAAUGAAACAAUUCAAGGCGUAAAUGAACUAAGAAGAAUUGAAGAUGAUGUUUUACCUAAGUCUAAGAAGGCCAAAACAUCAAGUGCUGAUUGUUGGAAAGUGUUUACUAAACUUGGGGCGGAUAAAGAUGGGAAUCCAUUGGCUAAGUGCAAUGGUUGUUCAAAGAUUUUGAAGGGUGGCGAUAGGAAUUAUGGUACCACGAGUUUGAAUCGUCAUAUGAAGGAGUGCACUAAAAUUAAAUAUGCUGACGUAGAUCAAGUAUUGAUGGACUUGCAAGGUAGACUCAAGAAUCUUACAAUAGAUAAAAAGGUUUCUAGAUCAAUGUGUGCUACUGCAAUCAUUGCACAUGAUUUACCGUAUAAAUUUGUAGAGUUUCAUAAAAUUAGGGAUUGGAUGAAAUAUUUGAACCCUGAAUUUUCUCCUAUUUCAAGAAAUACCGCUAAGGCUGAUGUUGAUGAAAUAUUCAAGACAGAGAAAGAAGCUCUUAAGAAGGAGUUAGCUAAUAUUCCCUCUAGAAUUUCACUAACUUCUGAUAUGUGGACAGCUUGUACAAGUGAAGGUUAUAUUUGCCUGACUGCUCAUUAUGUUGAUUCCAAUUGGAAUUUGAAGAGUAAGAUUCUAAACUUUUGUCAUAUGCCUCCUCCACACACGGGAUCUGAAAUGUCAAAAAAGAUUCUUGACUUUUUAUCAGAUUGGGGAAUUGAGAAGAAGAUUUUUUCACUCACAUUAGAUAAUGCUUCUGCUAAUGACGUGAUGCAAGCUCAUUUGAAAAGACAACUUGUCUUGCAAAACUGGUUAUUAUCUGAGGGAGAGUUCUUUCAUUAUCGUUGCUCAGCGCAUGUUUUAAAUUUGAUUGUGCAAGAGGGUUUGAAAGUAAUUGGUGAUGCAUUGGAAAAGAUUAGGGAAAGUGUCAAAUAUGUGAAGGGCUCUGAGGGUAGAAUGAAAAAUUCAAGGAAUGCAUUGAACUCAUUGGCGUGUGUUUUGAUGGCAAGCAUCAAAGAUGAAGACACUCUUAUAAGAGACAUGGCUGAAAGAAUAAUGGUCAAGUUUGAGAAGUAUUGGAGUGAUUAUAGUGUGGUUCUUGCUCUAGGAGCGGUUCUUGACCCAAGGAUUAAGCUUACCUCUUUGGAAUACAUGUAUGAAAAAGUUGAUCCACUUACCUCAACAAUUAAAACAAAUGAAAUCAAACAGAAAUUGUACACUCUCUUUGAGAUAUAUCGUCGCCUUCAUACUUCGUCUUCUACAACCUCUCAAACUCCAUCUUCCAUCACUAGAGGGGAAUCAAGUUCACACGUGUUGACUAAAAGUUUGUUCAAUCCUGUUAUGAUGCUCGAUUCACCGGUUGAAAUGGAUGUGAUAUAG